AUGAGCCUGGACAACUGGAGGCACGAGACAGGAGGAAACGCCAGCCUCCUACCAGAAACUAAACGGCCCAUUAUCUCCAUGAUAAAGACUCCGGAGGUCCUUACGAAAGAGGAUCCGCGAUACUGGAUGAGCAGAUGGCGCUGCGGUCAGAUGUCGGGGCGGCAGCUGCACGGCUGGUUUCCAGUUCCAGCGCCGUCAUCAUCUCCAGGAUAA